ACUUGUUGUCUUUCUCGAUCUCGUCGUUCUUCGUCGUCGUUGUCUUCUUGUUUUAGUGUAUAGUUCGAUGGAUAGGGUGGCAAAGUUGGCGUCGCAGAAGGCGGUGGUGAUAUUCAGCAAGAGCACUUGCUGCAUGUGCCAUGCGGUGAAGAGCCUGUUCUACGAGCUCGGAGUGAGCCCAGCCAUCCACGAGCUCGACGAGGACUCGAGGGGGAAGGAGAUGGAGCGGGCCCUGGCCCGGCUCGGCUGCAGCCCCGCUGUCCCUGCAGUCUUCAUCGGGGGGAAGUUCGUCGGGUCGGCCAACACCGUCAUGACCUACCACCUCAGCGGCUCGCUCAAGAGAAUGCUCAAGGACGCCGGCGCAUUGUGGCUCUAGCCAUAUGGAAAUGAACCGAGUUAUAAGAGGUUUCGACUAGUCUUUAGCCUUUUUCCUCUUGCUUACCUCGGCUUGUGAGGUACAUUUAACUGUAGUAUGAAAAAAAAUACAUGAAGGGAAGAGUUAUGACUAUAAAGUAUUGCCUUUUACAAACUUUUUUGGGUACAAUUUGCCACUUAAAACAACAAUGGCAUGCCCUGUAAUGGUAAGGAUGGCAAACACUGGCCUCUUCAAUAUUGGAACUUCGUGAUCAA